ACAUUAAAGUAUACAUAAAAUAAACAAUAAAAAAAAAUUUUAUUUUAAUAUGCAUGUAUUAUUUUAUUUAAUACUUUAUAAAUAUUUAAUACUUUACAUAAAACUUUUGGAUUACUAGUUCCAUUAUUUGCCGAUUCAUCAUCUGCCAUUAAAAUUCAAUCUAAAGAAGCUCAGUAUUAAAAAAAAAUAGAUGUUUUUAUUUGGGAUGGAGCUUCCAUGGCACCACGAUAUGCUCUAGAUAUAAUGGAUCGAACACUCCGUGAUAUUAUGAAUAAUGAUUUACCAUUUGGUGGAAAAAUUGUUAUAUUGGGUGGUGAUUUUAGACAACUUCUUUCAAUUAAAGUACGAGGUACUCAAAGUGAAAUUAUAAAUCUUUCUAUUAAAUUUAGUAACAUAUGGAAAUAUUUUAAAAAGUUUUCUUUAAUACAAAACAUGCGAGUUUCUCUAAAUGAAAUUGAAUUUGCAAAAUUUUUAAUAAAAAUGGGUGAUGGAAAAUUGAAUGAUUCUAAUGACAAUAUACAAAUUCCUGAAUGUUGCAUAGCUCCAUCUGAUGCAGAUAUUGUCACAGACAUAUAUGGUGAUUUAAUACAAAAAAGAGAUUUUAAUAAGAUAGCUAAAUGUGCGAUACUUUCAGCGAGAAAUAUUGAUAUAGACGAAAUUAAUAAACGAGUUGUUGAAUUACUAAAUAUAACAGAAGAACGAAUUUAUACAAGUGUAGAUAGUGCUGUAAACUGCGGUGAUAAUGGUGAUUGUUUGAGAUUAGAACAGUUUCAAUAGAAUUUUAACAUUCUUUCUUUUUUCUCUGUUUUAUCCGCGAGUAGUGAGAGCUGCUGACAGCCAUCGCGCUCUUUGUAGUUCAUUCCUUCGAUGCAUCCAGUCGCACGGCGCUGUUACUAGUUCAUCACGCGCGCGUCUUUCGUUUUCUCGCAUCGUGGUAACUAUGCAAAUAAACAUGCUCAAAAAAGGGCACGUCAAAAUCAAUGCCCAAAUAAGUCUCGAGAUCCGUUCCCUUGCCGCCUCUUUUUUCGCCUCCGCGAUCGUAAUUGUCUUAAGACAAAAAAUUCGUCAGUCUCUCGCAGCCCGGCACCGACAUUAGAUCGUCCCGCAGAUCUCUUGCGUCAUCUGCCGAUCCUAGCUGCGGGAAUUCACGUCUUCCAUCCCUAAUUCGGCAACUUAUGUUAAUUCAUUCUUAAGUUCGAAUAUUCGUGUGAAUGUGUGAGUGCAUCACGUCAAUGCGCGGGUGACCGUAUCUUUCCCGUGAACGUCCUCUGCCUCGUGCACAAGAUCUCCGUCGGAUCGCGCGGAAGAUUUCCGGAUUCGCGAGAGCUUCGAUCUAGAAGCUCUUCAAGAUUUCCGCGUCGAAUACAGGCAGCGUAAUAUCGGGACGUGUCAAGAUUUCCGUAAAAUUGCAAAAGAUACGGUUCGCCCCUCGCUCCAAACGUCCGUUUUUUUAAUAAAUAAUUAAAGUGCGAGUGACACCAUCGCCUCCUUUUUCUUCCUAUCACCUCCCGUGAACCUACCGCAUUCCUUAUCACUCGCUUCGCGUCUCUAUCGGGACGGAUUCCGGCAUUCUCUCCGUGCGAUCACGUUUACUCUACGCACGCACAAACAGUGAUAUUGGUGAAACUUUAUUACCAGAAUAUUUAAAUAGUUUGUCUCCAUUAUGUCUUCCUCCUUAUGAAUUACGUUUAAGAUUAAAUUCUAUUAUUAUGUUAAUAAGAAACCUUAACAUCAAUGAAGGACUUUGUAAUGGUACUAGAUAUUAGAUUAUUGGUCAUAGAACUUGGCGAUCAUUUAUUGAAAUGCAAGAUUUUAACUGGUGAUAAAACAAGAGAUAUUAUUUUUUUAAAUCGUAUAACAUUAUAUUGUGAAAAUGUAUAUAUCCUUUUACAUUUAAAAGAAGACAAUUUCCAAUAAAAAUAGCUUUCGCUAUAACAAUUAAUAAGUCUCAAGGACAAACAUUUGAUAGAGUAGGAAUAGAUCUUCGCAAAGAUGUUUUUAAUCAUGGACAACUUUAUGUUGCUUUUUCGCGAGUUCGUUCUUGGCAAGCAUUAAAAAUUUAUCUAGGUAAACAACGAGAUAAUAAUAAUGUUAAAAAUUAUGUAUAUAAAGAAAUAUAUAUAUAACAUUUAUUAUUUUUUCGUUUUUAACCAUUUGUAUUAUUAAG